CUCGCCGCGAGCCGGACCCCCGCUGGGGGCUCCAGUCCCCCGGCCCGGCCGCUGCGUGCGCCUUAUUAGCGGAGCCUUUGUUUGCUCAGGAUGCCUCGGCUCCGCGCGGCCCGGGCCGGAGCCUAUAAAACCUGCCGGGGGCCGGGGCCUGGGCACUGGGAGCCCUGACUCCUCGCGCAGCCGGACGCCGGGGUCCCCCAGCCUCGCGCGCCCCUCUGGCCAUGGCCGCCGUGCCGCUGCUGCUGGCCGGGCUGCUGCCCCUCGCCCUCUGCCCCGCGCCGGGCGGCGCCUCCCGCCCCAAGCCCCUGCUGCCCAUCCAGCCCGAGAAGGACCCGCUCCCCUCCAAGGGGGCGGCAGGCUGCUCGUUCGGAGGAAGGUUCUAUGCCCUGGAGGACACUUGGCACCCAGACCUGGGCGAGCCCUUUGGGGUGAUGCACUGUGUGGUCUGCUACUGCGAACCGCAGAGGAAUCGCCGAGGGAAACCAACAGGCAAAGUCAGCUGUAAGAAUAUUAAGCACGACUGUCCCGCCCUGCCCUGCAGUGAGUCUGUCCUGCUGCCGGGACACUGCUGCAAGACCUGCCCAAAGGCCUCUCCCAGCAUCCCAGAGAAGAGGCCAGAGCCCAUCUUUGACAGCUUCGAGUAUUUCCAGGAUAAGGAGGAUGACUUGCAUAAGAGCUACAAUGACCGUUCCUACCUGAGUUCGGAGGACCUUGCCCGGGAUGACAGCCGCACAGACUUUGUGGCCUUGCUGACCAGUGGCGCAGAGCCCUGGCUGUCACUGUCCAGCGCCGUGGCUAAAGCCAGGUUCACCCUCGUACGUUCCUACCUGCUCUUCUCCAUCAACUACGAAAGGCUGGGCCGGCCGAGCCGCGUCCGCUUCACCGACCCCGACGGCAACAUCCUGUUUGAGCACCCCGUGCAGAAGAGCGUCUCCCUGCAGGACGGCAUGAUCUGUGGCAUGUGGCGGAACCUGCACAAACCCUCCAUCCGCCUGCUGAGGGCGGAGCAGCUCCGCAUCUCCCUGGUCACCAAGUCUCAGCCAGCCGGCGAGAUCCAAGGCCCAAUCAUCAAGCACCGGGCCCUCUUCGCAGAGACCUUCAGUGCCAUCCUGACCUCCGUGGACUCAACCCACAUGGGUACGGGGGGCAUUGCCAUGCUGACCCUGAGUGACACCGAGAACAACCUGCACUUCAUCCUCAUGGCCAAGGGGCUGCUGGAGCCGGCAGACAAAGAAUUCCCUUGGGUUUCACUUAGGGUCCGGAUCCUGCACCAGAACCGGGUGCUGCGUGAGGUCAGGGCCAACAUCACCCUGCAGGACCCAGACUUCGCGGAGGUGCUGAGCGACCUGUCGAGCCGCGAGAUGCUGUGGCUUGCGCAGGGGCAGCUGAAGAUCACGGCAGAGACGGAGGGCAGGCGCCGGCGCCAGAUCGCCGGCUACAUCACUGCCAGGAAGAGCUGUGACACCCUCCAGAGCGUGCUGUGCGGAGGAGACGCCCUGAUGCCAACCAAGACGGGGGCUGUGGGAUCUGCCAAGCUGGCGCUCCAUGAGAACGGGACGCUGGAGUACCAGGUCCAGGUAGCAGGGACGGCGAGUGAGGUCAUCAGUGUCACCCUGGAGACCAAGCCGCGGAGGAAGAACAAACGCAACGUCCUGUUCGACAUGACGCCCAGCUACAGGGAGGGGCUGGCCAGCGGGACCUGGCAGCACAUGAAUGCCCGGGACACCCACAUGUUACUGCAGAGCGAGCUCUUCCUCAACGUGGCCACCAAGGACUUUGAGGAGGGGGAAGUGCGGGGACAGAUCAGCUCCCUGCUGUACAGUGGCCUCCUGGCACGAUAUACAGAGCUGCCCAUCCCCCUGGCUGGCCAGCUGGUGUCUCCCCCUGUGCGGACCGGCUCGGCGGGACACGCCUGGGUCUCCCUGGACGAGCACUGCCACCUGCACUACGAGAUCGUGGUGGGCGGGCUCGGCAAGUCGGACGACGUCGCCAUCAGUGCCCACCUGCACGGCGUCGCCGAGCUGGGCGAGCGCGGCCACGAGCACGCCCGACUCCUCAAGGGCUUCUAUGGCACCGAGGCCCAGGGCGUGGUGAAGGACCUGGACGCGGAGCUGCUGCGCCACCUGGCCCAGGGCACGGCCUUCCUGCAAGUCAGCACCAAAGUCAACCCCCGCGGGGAGAUGCGGGGGAGGGUGCACAUUCCCAACCAGUGCGAGUCGGGGGGCGUCCGGCUGGCCCCUGAAGAGGACGAGCUCCUAGAAGAGCCCAAGCCCAAAGACCCCGAGCAGCUGAAGAAGGACCCCAACUCCUGCUUCUUUGAGGGGCAGCACCGAGCACACGGCUCUCGCUGGGCCCCGGCCUACGACAGGAAGUGCUCCCUCUGCAGCUGCCAGAAGCGCACGGUGAUCUGUGACCCGAUCCUCUGCCAGCCCCUGAACUGCACCCAGCAGGUUCACCUAGAGGACCGGUGCUGCCCGGUCUGUGAAGAGAGGAAGGCAAGCCAGGAAGAGCUGAGAGCGGAGAAGGCCCGGGACAGCAGUGAGGGCUGCUACUUCGACGGCGACAAGACAUGGCGAGGAGCCGGCACCCGCUGGCACCCCGUGGUCCCCCCCUUUGGCCUGAUCAAAUGCGCCAUCUGCACCUGCAAGGGAGCGACGGGUGAAGUGCACUGUGAGAAGGUGCAGUGCCCGCGCCUGACCUGCAGCAACCCCGUCCGAGUCAGCCCGUCCGACUGCUGCAAGCAGUGCCCAGCUCCAGAGAAGAGCCCCCCUGAGCUGUCGGACAUGAUGCAGGCAGACGGGCCCCGGGCCUGCCGGUUUGGGCGCCAGUGGUACAUGAACAACGAGAGCUGGCACCCAACAGUGCCCCCCUUCGGGGAGAUGAAGUGCAUCACCUGCUGGUGUGUGUCCGGGGAGACCCACUGCCAGCGCCAGGAAUGUUCCCCCGCUUCCUGCUCCAGUCAUGCCAAGAAGGAGAUCCGCUGCUGCGCCCGGUGCCGGGAGGUUGCCCCAGAAGAAGCCCAGGAGAAGCUCAGAGCUGACGCCCCAGAGGCCUGGAGCCACUAGCCGGACACCAGUGGGAGGAUGAGGAGCCGGUCUGGAGCGGCAGCCCAGCAGCGUGACCAAGAUCUGUGCUGCCCCGGCCCAGGGCGAUACUCCCUGCUGGCUGCGGGGAAGCUGGGGCGUGUGGCCCAGGCCAAUCCCCAUGCCAGCCCUAGACUAGUUUUUGUUUCUUUGGUUUGUUUAACAUGACAGAUUCUGCCUUCUGCUUCCACCCAGGCCUGAGCCGCUGCUCUGGGGAGAGCCCCAGGCCCCCUGCCUCUGCCCCGAGGGGGCUGGCUGGUUCUGCUGCAACCUGGACCCCCACCAGCUGGUCGGGGCUCAGGGAAUGACACUGGGUAGAGACUGCGCUGCACAUGGCAAUAGCCUGGCUCCAUGAUAGUAUGGGACGGGGGGUGGGAGGCUGAGGAUCUUGGGGCAGGGGUGCUGUCCUCCCCCUCCCCACAUACCCACUCUCCCUCCAGGGAAGCACAUGGCCGCUGCGGGGAUGGGGCCCAGGUGAGCAUCUCCAUCAGUACCUGUGGCUGUGCGUCGCGUCCCAGCUGGGCUCCCCGGGCACGGCCCAGGCCUGGCUUGUACAUAGUGUAAAAUCUCCCUGCCCCUCCGCCCUCUCCUCUCGGCUUGUUCUUUGUCUGGGUUUCUCGUGUAAUUUAUGGUUCUGGGAGGGCCUGUCCGCCUUGAGCAGACCAAUUAAUCUUCAAUAAUUAGUCUGCUCAGGGCGGGCCCCUCCCAGCCGCGCUCAGGGCGGGCCCCAGGCCCUCCCUGCCCUGUGCAGACAAAUGAAGUUGGGGAGAUUGUGUAUUUAUUAAAAACAAAUGAAACUG